GUGUUCUUUAUAUGGUAAAAAUAACCGAGCAUUAUUGGGCCCCAAAAAAUUCAAGACCAGAAAAAACGGAAUGAAAAUCAGAAUGUUGGCUCUUAAAUCCUUGGUUUCUGUGAGCCGCUGUAGAUCGACACAUGACCCAAUAAUUCCACGAAAGAUAUCGUCGGACACCCUUGUUUACAGCAAUGGAGGCUUCUUUGCUUGCUGUUCCUCCUCGAAAACUUGGCGCCCAAGGCUUCCAGGUCUCAGCACUAGGCCUAGGGUGUUCAGAACUUUCAGGUACAUAUGGUGACUAUGCUUCAGAGGAAGAUGCAACUGUUCUAUUCCAACAUGCUUUCAACAAGGGGGUCACGUUUUUUGACACUGCAGAUAUCUAUGGCAAAUUUACAAAUGAAAUAUUAGUUGGGAAGGCACUAAAAUGUUUACCUAGAGAGAGUAUUCAGAUUGCAACAAAAUUUGGUUGCUAUUUUGAUGGUGAUGGAAAAUAUGGAGUAAAGGGCACUCCAGAGCACGUUAGACAGGCUUGUGAAGCUAGCCUCCAGCGUUUGGGCAUGGAGUACAUUGACUUAUACUACCAGCACCGUGUAGACACACAAGUUCCAAUAGAGGAAACUGUAACUCCUAUUUUUGCUCCCUCGAUGUUUGAACUAAAGCAGGCAGCAUUUAUCUGGUGGCUUUACUUUCAAGUAGGGGAAAUGAAGAAGCUUGUCCAGGAAGGCAAAAUAAAGUAUAUUGGACUCUGUGAGGCCAGUGUAGAUACGAUAAGAAGAGCUUAUGCAGUGCAUCCUAUUACUGCAGUACAGUAUGAAUGGUCCUUAUGGUCUCGGGAGAUUGAAGAAGAAAUAAUUCCUGCAUGCAGGGAACUAGGCAUUGGAAUAGUGCCCUAUAGUCCAUUGGGUCGUGGUUUUUUCUCUGGAAAGGUUUUUAAAGCAACGACUUACGAGAACACACGUAUUAUAGAUCUAAAUGUGAAAAAAGAAUUCAUCAAAAGGACCUACCUUUUACAAAGGAAUGAAGGGGAGACUUAUCUAGGAAGGGAGAUUUAAUGAAGAAGAGAAAUUCAUCCCACGCACUCUAAAAGAAGAACAAUAUCUGCCCUUAAAUUUUGAGAAAAUCAGCAUUUCUCCAAGUUUGAGGGAUACAUUUUUUUUCCAUGAAUUUCAGGGAUAAUGUGGGAAGGCUAUUAAAAUAAUAUAUAAAAUUAAUGAUUAAAUUUUAUAAAUACAGAUCAAUAAAAAAUGUCUAGAAAUAAUAUAAGUAAAUCAAAAGAAGCUGAAAUUUUAAUAUAAUCUAUCUGAUACACUGAUCAUCAUAGACGUAACAUGAAGCAUGAUAUAUAUUGACUAUUGAGAGAUCCCUUAUAAGGAAAUACUGCAACGUUCAUGAUACUAGGUUCAUUGAGCAAUAGGCUAAGAAAUCCAAGUUAUUAUCCAAUUGAUAUCUUGGAAUUUUCUCUUUUGGUAACUGCAACACAACAAUAGGCAUGAUUUUUAAAAGUUUAUUUGGGUUGGGAGGCCUUGUUGGGCUUCCCUUUUAGGGUUUUCCUUGUUUUAAUUAUUUUUUGAAAUUGACUAAAAAUAGGAUGCCCUCAAAGCUUAUAAAAUGAGGGAUAGGGAAAUAAUGUCUCCUCCAAGUUCCUAAGACAUCACCCAGACACACAUGGAUUUGUCUCAACAGAACUUUUGAGAAAACCUAGUUGUAGAUAGAAAGAAACAAGAAAGCUUACCAAAAACUUGAAUUAAGCUAUUAAUUGUUAUUUAAUAUGUACUGUUUCGUUCUUGACAAACAUCUUUAGUUUUGGUUGUCUUGAAUUCAUUGUGUAAUUUCUUAGGAAUUUACAUUUUGUUAUGCUAGCUUAUCAUUCAAUCUUCUUUAUGUAUUAUGUUAGAUUACAUCAUUGUGUUUAAUUAAGACUUUAAUAGCAGUGUACUUUUACAUAAUUACAUUACAUCAUCACUUGUAACAUUUAAUUAAACACUUAGUUGUUUAGUUAAAUCACACAUGUACCAAUUUAAUCAUGGAGGUAUUGAGUAAUAGAGGGUUGCAAGAUUAAGCUAAAUCAAGCUUGACCAAGGCAUCAAAUAUGGAGACAAUUUUUGAAACUUUAGAUGAGUUGAAUUUCCCCACCUUUUGAAGAAUUUGGUAACAAAUCAUCACAUCCAAUGGCAACAAGUGCAGAGAUACGUGGUCCUAUAGCCUUGGGAAGCAAUGGAUUGGUUUAUAAUUAUAUGACAAUUUGGUUAGUUGGGCAGAUUUGAUCCCCCUGCCUCUUUUAGAAUGUGAGAUUGAGCGCCAAGGGUUUAUCUUAUUUUGUUUUUUAUUUACAAUCUAAUGAAAUAUUUCAUCUUGAGAACACAUCUCAUAUUAGAAGGGAAAGAGACCCACUAACAUUUACACAAUGGUGAUAUUUUUUCCUUAAGUUUAUGAGGAAUGAGUGGAAACUCUAAAAGCCUUUUGUUGGUAUAGGCAGAUGUGCUUGGCACAAUAGGAUCUAUGUGAACUGUAGAGAAAGAGUCCACAUCCGUGUCAAUUGGAGACACAAGUACAUCUAAUGACAAUUGGGGAACGACUGCGUGAGGAGAAUCUAAGUCCAUAGUAGGAGAGGAUCCUGCUGUACUCUUCUCAUGUGCUUCACCUUCAGGGUCAAUGACAUGAAUCUGCACUCGAGGCUUCUCUUUUCCUUUUAGUGACACCUCUUGAGGCUGAAUGACUAAGGCUCUACUCACCCUUAGCUUUAUCCUUGUACCCAAGGAAGAAGCACCCUCUUUGGAUUUGACCUUGACUUUGGACCUACGCUUGACUGGUCUUGCUGAAUCACUCUCUGCUCCAACCUUGAUCUUGAUGGUUUUGACAUUAUUAUUCUUCAGCCAAGCAUUGGUGUUAGCAAGGAUAGGCUGAAAUCUAUCAAAGAUGGAAGUACAUUCCUUCUGUGACCAUUGAGGAGACGGAAGAGGAACUUCAACAACCCUUUGUUCUAUAUAUUUUGAGUCAAGAUUUUUCCCAUCAUCUAUCAUUACCUCUGGAAUCUUGGUUAGAUCCAGAUGCACAAUUUGCUCUAAGGUAAGCCUGCUGUAAUCCAUUCUCUUGACAUCCCCUUCUGUGUGAAGAUCAACCCAUAUAUCCUCAAGGCGAUGGACAUGAGUGAAGGCUCUCUUGAUUCUGUCCUUCAUUCCCCGAUAAUCAAAAUCUUUCCUCGCCUUGAACUUCUUCAACUUGAUUUCUUGAAGUUCUAUUUCCAUUGGCUUGGCUCUAGCAGAGGUUGUCAAAGAAUAACGACCAAUUUACAAUGGAUUGUGAGAGGAUAUAUUGAUACCUUGCUUAUGAUUGGCUAAUUGGACUCCAUAAAUUGUCAUCAACUGCCUAGCCAACUCCAUCAGAAUGAUCUUGUUAGAAGGAUAUCUCGAAAGCAUGUAUGGCUGAUCUUCAAAACAUCCAACUCUCAUAUAGGUGAAAGUUGGGAAUUGUAGGAACAAACAUCCAUACUCUUUCACCUUCUUCUAGGCUGCCGCAAACACUCUUUUGUUUUUGAGUGUUUUAUCAAAUAAGCACAUGAAAUAGCCAAAGAAAGCAUCUUGCACCCUCUAGUAGUGAAUCCUAUUGGGUCUCAAAGUGAGUUGUUCAUAAUACUUCCAUACUUCCUCCUGUAGUGAAUGCUAUGUACACCAACUACAAAUUCAUGUAGAAGGUGAGGGUGGUUGGGAAUUGUGGCAGCUGCUCACAGAGGUUAUCACUGAUGACUUCACCCUAGAAGAUGUGAGAUUUCCCUUUCCUCAGGAUUACAAUGUACUUGUACAUCCAGAUCUCAAAUACAUUGGAGUGUUUCAAUCCCAUUAUUCUACUGAGAAGCGUGAUCGUAUUACUGACUUCUUUAAUGAAAUCAAAUCGAUACAACUUGGGCCACCUUGAGAAACAAGUCCUGGGAGUCUUGAGCCAUUUGGAAUUAAUAUGCCUUAUGCAAUCUAACCUGAAAGGCAUGAGGUGGAGUUGGACAAUAGGCAAGAUGAUGGCACUUCGCAGCAUGGAAGGACUCAACACAAUGUUCAACGGAGUUUCUUGAUUGGGGACGGGCGGAUGAGUUUUAGGGA